UCUCUCUCUCUCUCUGUCUCUCUCACUGUAUAUAUAACAAUCAAUUUGGGGCUGCUUGCAUCUCAGAAAAGCUGUCUUCUGUUUCUGAUUCUGACACUUUGAAGAAACACAGAGAGAAAGCUAUCUUCUUUGCAAGAAGGAUAUUCAUCAAUAUUGUACCACCAAAUCCAUACCAAAGAAAGUUAUUCUGAGACCCAGGUGGUUACCCCUUAACCUACGCACCCUUCUUCUUCAGCAACAACCACCAUUUCAGUCUCUGCUUCAUAGCUUCCCAAACAUGAAGCAGCAGAGCACAACAAGACAUCGUCAUCAAGCUCAGAGAAGUUGGGCUGAAAUAUGUUGUUUCGGUUGCACCUGCCUACAGCUCUUCUGGCCCAAGAUCGUAAUGCGCAAAUGGCUCAACAUCAGUGCUGAGGAGUCCGAUUACAGUGCCGAUGACACCGACGAUGGCGACUCCGAUUCCGAUUCAGAAGAAAUUGGCGAAUGGAGAAGAGAAUCGCGAUUUCGGUAUGGCGACAAAGAGGAUGAAGUUGAGACUGAUCUUACUGAUGCUCUUCCCAGAAUAAGAGUAAGACGAAAGUCGGAGACAUUUAGGGCCCAAUAUAUAAACACAAAGGAAAUCAGAGUAUGUGUUGGCACGUGGAAUGUUGCAGGAAAGCUUCCACCUGAUGACCUAGCUAUCGAAAGUUGGUUAGAUAUCAGCGAGCCUGCUGACAUUUAUGUGAUUGGUCUUCAGGAGAUUAUACCAUUAAAUGCUGGGAAUAUCUUUGGUGCUAAAGAUAGCCGCCCAGUGCCCAAAUGGGAAAACCUCAUUCGUGAAACUCUUAAUAGGGUUCGACCUGCAAAGCUGAAAUUUAAAUGCUACAGUGAACCCCCUUCUCCAUCAAGAUUUAAGCCAUCUGAUGAUGCCCCGGAUAUAGAAGACGAAAUAAUGCUUGAAUCUGAUAGUGAUGGUGAGGAGGAAAUCCAUCCAUUAACUGAUGAAUCCACUGAUUUUGAUGAAGCCAUUGAUGGAUCACUUGCAGUCGAAAAUGUGUUUAUGAAUUCUGAAGCUUCAGUCUCUAGUGAUGACAUCCAUUUAGGCAUGCAAGUUCAACAGGAUUUAGGGAGGCAAUUUUCUUCUCCAAAGAGGCUGGACAGGUUGAAUUGCCUUAGAACAGAAGAUUGUUCAGGAAACACCGAAGCAUCAUUUUCUCAAUGCAAUAGAAAACUAACCAAAACUCUCAGUGGGACAGAAAGGAUUGGUUUGAGCUGGCCUGAGCCACCAUUGGAUCUGCUGGCCAAGCAUGUUUUAGACAGACCUAUUUCCUUUAAGUCUAUUAAAUCUUUCAAAUCUUCUAAAUCUUUUGGAACAUAUAAUUCUUUCAAGUUACCCGGGACUGAUGAUGAUAGAGCGCAAUCAGACACAGCUUUGCUUGCGGAACUUGACAUUGAAUCCCUUAUGGAUCGGAAAAGAAGAUCCCCAUUUGUAAGGAUAGUAAGCAAGCAAAUGGUUGGAAUUUUCCUCACUAUAUGGGUUCGCAGAAGCUUGCGAAGGCAUAUCCAGAACUUGAAGGUGUCUACUGUUGGUGUUGGUGUAAUGGGCUACAUAGGCAACAAGGGGUCAAUAGCUGUUAGCAUGUCUAUAUAUCAGACGCUAUUUUGUUUUAUUUGUACUCACCUAACAUCGGGUGAAAAAGAUGCGGAUGCAGUUAAAAGAAAUGCUGAUGUGCAUGAAAUACAUCGAAGGACUCAAUUUCAUCCACUUUCAGCUAUUGGACUUCCCAAAAGCAUCCAUGACCAUGAUAAAAUAUUCUGGCUAGGUGAUCUAAAUUAUCGUAUCAAUUUGUCAUAUGAGAAAACGCGAGAGCUGAUCUCCAGAAAGGAUUGGUCCAUGUUGGUUGAGUUUGACCAGCUUGUACGAGAGCUCAGGAAAGGUCGUGCAUUUGAUGGAUGGUGUGAAGGUACAUUAAAUUUUUCACCAACCUAUAAAUAUGAGUUAAACUCGGAGAAGUACUUUGGGGAGGAUCCGAAGGUUGGAAGGCGUACCCCAGCAUGGUGUGACCGUAUUCUUUCAUAUGGGAAGGGAAUGCGGUUAUUAAGCUACAGGAAAGCAGACCUUAGGCUUUCUGAUCAUCGACCUGUGACUGCCUCGUAUAUGGUAGAGGUUGAGGUGUUUUGUCCUAGGAAGCUGCAACGGGCCCUCACAUAUACUGAUGCAGAAAUUGAAAAUCAGGAAGUUGUAGAAGACAAGGAAACUGAUGUUGGAAUGAGCUGCUUAAGAUUCAGAGAGGAUGCAUCUGAUCGGGAGCGUUAGGAGGGGUUAAUUUCCAACAAACUGGGAGAGGCUGUGAUUGAGGAUUCAGAUAAUUUGUGAAACCCUCUCUAUUGCUACUAUACUAAGCAAUUUAUUCAUUUGAUUUUGAAUGUUCUGUGGUCAAUGUUGUAUAUUCCAGUGUGUAAAUGCCUGUAUAUGUUUUUUUUUGCUCGUAACUUCUAGAAAUAAGUAGUUUUAAAGGGUAUUUUGGUUCAGUCAGUGUAUAUUGAUGUAUCUUAUAUUAGAAUUAGCGUUCACUUUGUUGCCGGAAACACUCACUGAGAUUGCAUCAAACUUCAAAAACUACAUGUUGAAAGUAAAAAAUAAUGGACAUGCUUGCGAGACAAUUCUGUUUUUUUUUCAA